AUGCUCGACACGAACCUCAUCGCUGCCACCGCCAACCGUCUUACGGAAGAGUCCUCAAAGGCUCUCUCGUUCGACGAAAACGCCUACACGCUAUCUACAGAACCACCUCAAGAGCAGACAUUCUUCACUCAACUCGCGGAAACAGCGCAGAAUGCUGCAUUUGCUCAAUCUUGCUCCAGCAUCCUUGUUGGGGCCGGGAACGAAAGCGACGAAACCGGUGAUUUGCCAUUCUGGUUAGGCAGCGGAAAUUACGGACCCGGGAAUUCAAAAACUGUGCUCUCUGUGCUUGGACUCGAACAAUGGGCGGAGAAUAUUACCGCUGCAGAGCCUCAGUUGACUCCAGAACUCAAUGAAUUGCUCCACAAAAUGGAAUAUCGGUAUUCGUUUAGAACGACAUCCGGGUCGUCUGUGGCUGUCUUCGUCGUUGGAAAGUUAGGGGAUGGGUGGGGAGGCUUGGUUGGGCUGGGAGUCUGGACAUGA